CCCUCUCAACGGCUCUCCCAUCCGCAUCCGCGUUCUUUUUCUCCCUUCAAACAACACAACAAUCUCAAAUCACAAUACUCAAAACCCUUCCGCAUAAAUGGAACAUUUUUAAUCCCAACAACAGGGUAGGUCAAUAGGGACUCAAGAAAAAGAAAGUGAAAAAGCAUAAAGGAGAUUCGUGAUGUUAUAGGAAUUUGAUGGAUGAUACUUAGAAGCUUAUUUGGGCAUUUGUAUUUGUCUUUGAAAUCUUUAUUUUGGAAAGGAAUAAAAUGGAAAGGAUCUAUGAAGAACUAGAGGAAGUUAAAGCUGAGAAUGAGAAACUGAGGGCUGAUUGUAAGAGCAGAGCAGACUUAUGUGAGAACUUGAAGAAAUCUCAUAAUGAGCAGCUUCUUAAGAUUUAUGAAGCAAGUAAAAAAGUUGAGAAGCAGGCUCAAGAAUUAAAUGAAAAGGAAGAGCAAAUGUUGGAGGUCAAGAGAUUGUCGCAAGAUCUUAAGUGCAGUUUGAUUGAAAAAGAAUCUAUCAUCAAAUGCCUUAGUGCUGCUAAUGAUAAGCUUAGAGUUGACUGUGAUGAGAAAUGCCGAAAAUGGGAAGAAGAAAAUAGAGGGCUAGUAUUGGCUUUAGAUGAGGCAAAUGAGAAGAACAUCGAUCAAGGGCAAAAGAUCAAUGUAUUCAAGGCAGAGAUUGAAGCCCUCAAAGGGCAUUUAGCAACUUCACAGAAGAAGUGUUUGGAAGCAGAGAGAAAAGCGAAAACUUCCAAAGAACUAAGAGAAAGAGAUGACGUAUUGCUCAAAUUGGAGGAGGAGAGUAGAAAGGUUCAAGAUCAGCUAAAAUGGAAGAAGGAGCAGUUCAAACAUCUAGAAGAAGCACAUGAAAAACUUCUUGAUCAGUUCAGGGCAUGUAAAAAGGAGUGGGAACAGGAAAUGUCUAAACUGCUGGAUGAGAUAUGUUCACUGCAAAACAACUUAGAUUCUCAUAAAAGAAUCUCAGCAGAUCUUCAGAACCGGUUACAAUUGUGCAACCAAGCCCUAGCUCAAGAAGAAAGUCGCAGAAAGUACCUGGAAGUUCAAGUUUCGGAAUUCAAAACACGCAAUGAGAACACUUUUGCUGAAUACCAGGAUGCAAAGUCUCAGCUGGAAUGCUUGACUGAGCAGAGAGACAAAGAAAUUGCAGCUCUGAGACACUCAUUGAGCACAAAGGAGAUGUUUCAAAAGGAAAUAGAAUAUCAAGCAGGCAAGCUGGAGCAAGAAAAUCAAGAGCUGCUUGCAUCGCUUAAAGAACUUCAGGAAGCUCAAAUUCACAAAGCAGGAAGUACUUCUUCUCUUGUGAAACUGCGAAACAAACUCAAAAGUGUGGAACAGAUGCACAGAGAUUGUUCUGCUAGUCUCAGGGCUAAAGAAGCUGAAUGGAGCUCUCAACUGGAGAAAAUGGAUUUGGAGCUGAAUGACUAUAGGUCCAAGGCAGAAAGAAAGGAUGCAACGAUAGAAGAGCUAAAGAUGGAACUUGAGGGCUGUCACUCUUUAACAUUGCAGUUGAAAAUGCAGAAUGAGGAGCUAUCUGUGAUGCUUCUGCUGUUGAAAGCAGGACUAUCUGAAUCUUCAUUGAAGCUUGCACUUGUUGAUGGUGAAAGGGAUUUCCACAACAAAGAGCGUGAAGAGCGUGCUUCUGUAUUAAUGAAGCAGCUGGAGAUGAAGACUGCAGAUUUGGCUAAAGCCCAGAAAAACAUCACAGAAGAACGUGAGAAGACAGCAUCUUUGUUAAGGAGGAUUGAGUCUUUUGAACUUGUUGAAGAGCAAGGGCUUCUAAUGCAGAAGGAGCUUGACAGGUACAAGGAACUUCUUGAGGAAUCAUCCAGAUGUCAGAACCACUUGAGAGAGAAGGCUUUGCAGAUGGAAAUUGAAUACAACAAGAAACUUAGAGAAGUAUGUGAUGCCUUAGAUACUGCAAAUUUCAAAUUGGCCAAAGAGCGUGAGAAGGCGGCAUCCUUAUCAAGCGUGGUGGAGUCCUUAAGCUAUGUGGAAGAGCAGCGAUCCCAAAUGCAAAAAGAGCUUGAAAAGUAUAAAGAAAUGUUUGAGGAAUCAUCCAGGUGCCAAAAUCAGUUAAAAGAGCAAGCUUUGCAGAUUGAAAGUGAAUCAAAGGAGAAACUUAGAGCAGUUUCUGAUGCUCUAGAUGCCACAAGAUUUGAAUUGGCAGAAAAGCAUGAGAAAGCAGCAUGCCUAGCAAGGAGGGUUGAGUCCUUGGAUCACUUAGAAGAGCAGCAUCUGUUUAUGCAGAAGGAAUUAGAGAGGUAUAAAGACAUGUUGGCAGAAUCAUCCAGGUGUCAACUUCACUUAAAAGAGCAAGCUUCGCAGAUGGAAAGUGACUCAAAAGAGAAAGUGAGAGAAAUCUCUGAUGCCCUUGACACAGCAAAUUCAAGGUUGGUUGAAGAGCAUGAGAAGGUAGCAUCCUUAUCUAGGAGAGUUGAGUCCUUGAAUCAUAUUGAGGAGCAGUAUGUGCAGAUGAAGAAGGAACUAGAGAGGUACAAGGAACUGUUACACGAGUCAUCCAGGAGCCGGCUUUACUUAGAAGAGCAAAUGUUACUCAUGGAAAGUGACAUGAAAAGGAAAUUUACAGAAAUUUGUGAUGCCUUAGAUGUGGCAAAUUCUGAAUUGAUUGAGAAAACCAGUGAAGGUCACCAAAUGGAAUUUGAGUUGUGGAUAUGGAAGUCUAUUGUUGAACGUCUAAAAGCUGACCUCGAAGAAAGUCAAGAGUUGCGUAAAGAAUUAGAAGCUUCUCUUCUUGCACAAGUAGAGGCUGGGGAAGCCAUCAAAAAACAGAAUGGUCUCCUUCUACUUCUAAUAGAAGAGAGAGACAGCGAAGUCAGUAAUCUGAAGGAGCAGGUUCAGUCACUAGAGCUCAAAGCAAAAGAAUUAGAAGCUGCCAUUAGUAAUGCAAGAGUGAAAACAGCAAUGUCCUCAGAGACAGAGAAACAGAAAGUUUUACAAAUGACAAGGCAGAAGGACAAGAUCUUGGAGGAUCUCCAGAGAGAGAUUGGAUGGCUGGAGCAAGAAUCCUUGAGAAGAGAACUUGAAUGUGCCUUACUUACUCAUAUAGGUGCGGAACAAUCAUUUGAACAUGAAAAAGAGGAUCUUAUCCAGAUGGUAGAAGAGAAAAACCAGAAAAUAGAUGGCCUCUGGCAGCUCGUGGGGUCAUUGGAACAAAAAUUUAAUAGCUCAUUAAACUCUUUUUCUUCCCAGCUUGCUGAAAAGCAGGCAGAGAUUAAUUUGUACCUUGAAGCUUGGGAGAAGAUUUCUGCAGCUGAGACUCUGGCCAUCCUAGAAAUUGAAGAGAAAAAGUUGAUGAUUGUAGAGAUGGAUGGUGAGAUCUCUAAUAUACAGCAGAAACUGGAAUUGCAGGAAAAAUCAUUAUCUCACUCAAAACAGGAAGCACUGAAGAUUGAAAGUGAACUGGGAAUGAAGCAGUUGGAAAUGAAGAGACUGACUAAACAAUUGGAGGCAAAGCUGACAACUUCAGAUGUUUUAAUCAAUGAGCUCAAGAGGGAAAACCAGAAUUUACUAGAAGAUGUCAAGAAGCUGUGUUCUGAAAGGGAAAACUUGUUGAAUUUUAUGGAAGGGCUAGAUGACAGUAUCGGUAAGUUCUCUGGUGAAGACACGGAACUGAUGAGAAUCUUGGGAAGCGUAGUGCAGUCUUCUAACAACAAUAAGUCAGAUGCCUUGAUCAAUGAACUCAAAAGAGAAAACCUGAAUUUACUAGAAGAUGUCAAGAGGUUGUCUUCUGAAAGGGAAAACUUGUUGAAUUUUAUAGAAGGGUUGGAUGACAGUAUCAGUAAGUUCUCUGGUGAAGACACUGAACUGAUGAGAAUCUUGGGAAGCAUAGUGAAUUCUUUUAACAAGAAGAAGUUGGGCGUGGUAUUGAAAGGUGAUGGGGAAUUAUCUGACUCUGUGAAAGAGAAUGUGAACACUUAUCAUUCUCCCACAAUGAAGAAAUUUGAAGCUGCUAACGAUGAAAGAUCACCAUUUAGACAACUCAAUUAACUUACCAUGUCACUCGUAUGACAGGGGUAAUUCUUCCUGGGAUGUGCUUUGAAGCACUAAAUUUUAAAGCUUUGAUUGUGUUUUAGGUUUGCAUACGAAGAGUUCACUUGUGCACAAGCUUGUUCUGCCGGUGGCAAAUAAUGUAUCCACGGAUUGAGAUCUACUUUUUUUAUUCACUGAGCAACCAGCAGUAAUGUUUUACUUGCUCAGAUGAUAUUGCAGUAGUUUAAUAUUCGUUCUAGCUGUUGGAGUUAUGAUGCUUUUGUAGGAAUUACACUUGCUAUACUGUUUGGGCAGGAUUUCAUUGCCGAAGAAAUUCUUUGUGAAGAGAAAUUUCAUUUCCCCCAUACUCUAAAUGUAGUAUUUUAUGUAUGAAUUCAAAGUUCUCUGAAACCGUGUUUUAGUAA